AGCGGCUGCUUUGGCAGCAACGGUGAAGGAUCAUUGAAAACACCAAAGAAAGGACGGAGCAGCCUUCUGGAUAUUCUCGCCACUGAGGAUUCAUUUAACUGUGCUUUUUGUUUUUCAUUUUCCUCUACAUUUGCAAAAGCUCUCUCUCUCUCUCUCUCUCUCUCUCUCUCUCUUUGUGUGUGUGUGUGUGUGUGUGUAUGUGCGCGCAAGUCACACUGAACUUAUUGCUGUAAAACAAGCUAAAAGGCUAUCUCUUUGGGACAAGUUAGAAAAUUCUGAAGCCAGCAGGAGCAUAGAGCUUCUGUGAGAAUUCGGAAUUUCAGGAGGAGAACUGAUUUUCAGAACUGCCUAAGUGAACAAUCCUUUUGGUUCAGCAUCUUGGAAUUAAGCUGAGAAAAACAGCUUCACGGCUGAAGGAAAUCCUUUCUCAACAUCUCCCUUUUGGACGGUACGGUCAUGAAGGAUGGUGUGGCUGGUUUUCCUGAACAGGCUUCAAGCAUUUACAAUUUAACUCGAAGGAUCAUGUGUUUGGCAUGAUGAGGACCACAGAGAACUUGGAUGAGACUAGUGCCACACUAAACCCUAACAGGACCCCCCCAGGAAGAUACAUUUAUUUGGAAGCAUUCCUGCAGGGAGGAGCCCCCUGGGGUUUUACUUUGAAAGGUGGUCUGGAGCAUGGAGAACCAUUAAUCAUCUCGAAGAUUGAAGAAGGGGGCAAAGCAGACUCGGUGAGCUCCAAACUGCGGGCAGGGGACGAGGUGGUGCACAUCAACGAGGUGGUGCUGAGCAGCUCCCGGCGCGAGGCAGUUUCCCUGGUGAAGGGCUCCUACAAGACGCUCCGGCUCGUGGUGCGCAGAGAUGCGGGUGCAGCCCCUGACUCUGCAGAUCCUGGCGUCCCCGACUCCGGCCCCGAGCACCGGAAGGCAGCCUGGGCAGGAGGGGUUAAGCUUCGGCUGAAGCACAGGCGCAGCGAACCCACAGGCAGGCCUCACUCUUGGCAUUCAACUAAACUUGGGGAGAACCAACCCGAAGCCAUGAUGCAAAUAUCUCAGGGGACGAUUGGCGCUCCUUGGCCUCAAGGCUAUCAUUCCAGCUCCUCCACCAGUGACCUCUCCAGCUACGACCAUGCCUAUCUGAGGCACAGCCCGGACCGGUGCAGUUCACAGGGGAGCAUGGAGAGCCUGGAGCCCAGCGGGGGUUACCCCGCCUGCCAUCUGCUCUCCCCGGCCAAGUCGACCAGCAGCAUUGAUCAGCUCAGCCGCCUCCACAGCAAGAGGGACUCGGCGUACAGCUCCUUCUCCACCACUUCCAGCAUCCUCGAGUACCCGGCCCCUGGCAUGGCCAGCCGGGAGCGGUCAGGCUCCAUGGACACCGUUUCUGCUCGAGGCGGCCUCCUGGAAGGGAUGCGGCACGCAGACGUUCGCUAUGUCAAGACGGUGUACGACCCCCGGAGGGGCGUCUCUGCAGAGUACGAGGUGAACUCUUCGGCCCUGCUCACCCAAGGCAGGGAGACCCGGGCCACCGCAGAAGGCCAGACUUAUGACAAAUGGCCCGGCGGCACUCCUCGGAGCAAAGGUGUGAUACCCCCAUCCUGGAGCCAACCUCAGGCGCCCAGCGGCGCCUUGGAAGCGACCAGUGACACAUUGCCCCCGAAAGUGGGAGCCCCUCUCCCGCCAGCUCGGAGUGACAGUUUCGCGGCCUUUCGACACCGGGAGCGGCCCAACUCGUGGUCGAGCCUUGAGCACAAACGGUUCUGCCGGCCUCAGGCCAACUCUUCGGGCCUGAAACCUGCCUUCCUGGAGGAGCAGCUGCACACGGUGGUGGAGAAGAGCCCGGAGAGCAGCCCGCCCGUGCAGCCCAAGCACGGCUACGCACAGAAGGCCCAGCCCGGCCAGCCGCUGCUGCCCACGGGCGUCUACCCGGUCCCGUCCCCGGAGCCGCACUUCGCGCAGGUGCCCCAGCCGUCGGGAAGCACCAACGGCACGCUCUACCCGGCGCUGGCCAAGGAGAGCGGGUACGCCGCCCCGCCGAGGGACCAGCUGGGGAUGCUGGACGAGCGUGGGACCCAAAACGGAUCCGGCCGGCCCGGCUUUGCCUUUUACCAGCCCCUGGACCCCAAUGCCCUCUCCCCCGACGAGAGGAAGCCUGAGACGGCGGCCAAAUACGCCCCUUACAAAGUCCACUUCCCGUCGGUGCCCGAGAAGGAGGAGGAAGAGGAGGACGCCGUCUCCCCGGAGAGGCCAGGCGCGCCCCGCGGGGAGAGGAGGGCGCACGGCCACAGCCCCUACUCAGGCUACCACGCCCUCCGGUCCCCGCCCGCCGGCGCCGCCUGGCAGCUGGCAGAGGACCAGUGGCCGCCCAGAGCCGCCACCGCCGAGUCCUGGGAAGGGCCUGGCCCCGAGGACCCCGACGCCCAUCCCCCGCGGAGGCCGGCGCGGGAAGGCCCAGCCCAGAGCCCGCCCGGCUACUUCUUCGGCGGGGCCACCGCCCGGCCGGCCUUCUCCUCGCUGCAGAACAUCCCCGACAGCCUGCGGAGGCUGAGCUGCCCGGAGGCAGGAGACGGGCUCCUCCGGGAGGCCGGCAGGAAGGCGGGCGCGGAGCUCCGGAGCCAUCCGGACGGGCCGGUUUCCUCCUCCCCACGGCCCGAGGGGAGAGCCGGGCCCUUGGCUGCCUUCCCGAGCUCGGAACCGGGCUCCGAGGAGCCGUCGGGGCCUGGACCAGGGCCGGGCCGGAGGCAGCUGAGCUCGGCCGGUGCAGCGGCCCUGCAGGGCUUCCAGGCGGGGCAGCCGCACUGCUCGGUGCUGGAGAAGGUGUCCCGGAUCGAGCAGCGCGAGCAGGGCGCGCAGAGAGCCCCGCAGUACCGGCCGCACCGCGACCUCGACGUCGCAGCCGCAGCCGAGCCGCCGGGGACCGAAGACGUCGCCGCCGCUGCCACCUGGCAGCCGGCUCGGAGGUCCACGGGCCGCCUGCUGCGCAGCGUGAGCACCUUCCAGCUGUGCGGGGAGGACGACGCCGCACCCGCGCCCGACGCGCCCUUCAGCCGCGACUACCGCGCCAGCAUCAAGGACGCGCAGUGCCGCGUGCUGGGCGCCACCUCGUUCCGCCGCCGCGACCUGGAGCCUGGUGCGCCCAACGCCACCAGCGCCACCGCCACCCCGCGCGUCUGGCGGCCGCGGCCCGCGUCGGCCCACGUGGGGCUGCGGAGCCCCGAGGCGGCGCCGGUGGUGCCAACGCCGGUGGCCGUCGCAUCCCCGCACACGCCGCGGGAGCGUCACAGCGUGACCCCGGGGGCCGACGGCGACGACCCCGGGCGGCCGGUCCCCGCGCGCAGGGGGCCCCGGCGGCGCCUGACGGCCGAGCAGAAGAAGCGCUCGUACUCGGAGCCCGAGAGGAUGAACGAGGUGGGCGUCGCCGAUGACGAUGCCGAGCGGCCGCGCGCAGGAGGAGGCGGCGGCGGCCCCGACGGCUCCGUGGCCGACCGGCGCCGCCUGUUCGAGCGCGACGGCCCGGCCCGGCCCGCGCGGAGCCUGACCGGGCCCGAGCUGAAGCAGCUGCAGCAGAGCGCGCUGGCCGACUACAUCCAGCGCAAGACCGGCCGGCGCCCCUCUGCCGCCCCCCUCGACGGCCCCGGCCUGGCCCCCGCCGCCAGCCUCGGCUCGCUGCUGCGGGAGCCCCGCCGCGAGCCGCCCCAGCCCCAGCCGCAGCCCCAGCCCGGGCCCCGCGACCGCAGCAGCUCCUUCGCGGGCGGCCGCGUCCUCCUCCAGCGGGACUGGCGGCGGGACCUGCCGGCCCACGGCGGUGGCGCGCCCCGGCCCGACCCGAGGGCCCCCGAGCCGGCCCCGUGGGCGCGCCGCGCCGCCAAGUCCAUGUCGGCCGAGGACCUGCUGGAGCGCUCCGACACCCUGGCCGCGCCCGUGCACGUGCGCUCCCGCUCCUCGCCCAUCGCCGAGAAGAAGCGCCAGGACAUGCUGCUGGGGGAGAGCAACGGCUUCGGUUUUGUGAAGGAUCCGCGCCAUUUGGCUGACUACAGAACCAGGUCGCUCGGGGGAGCAGAGCGAGGCCAAGAAGAGAUGCCGGUGUUCAGGCGUCGUGGCGGCUCGGGGGAUGGGCUGCUGGACCAGCCGCGACACACCGGGAUAGCGCCGGGCCCCAGGCCACUGCCCACGGGAAUGCCAGGGCAUAGCGCCGACCCCAGGGCCCUCCCCUGCCCGCCGUCCGCCGACGAGCCACCUCCCCCCUACACCCCUGCCGGCAGCCACCGGAGCAACGGCCACGGCCCCGAGCAGGGGGUGCAGGCGUCCCGCAGGAGGGUGUCCCUGCCGCAGCGGCCCCCGCCCUCCCGAGUGAAGUGGGCCCCCGAGGUCAGCCUGCCGGAGGAGCCGUGGCUGGCCGCGUGUGGUGGUGGGCAGCUGAGUAGCACUUCUGAGCCCGACACGCCCGGCGGGCCGGCCAGCGCCCCGGGCCGGGUCUCCCUGCGCGUCUCCGAGUCGGGCCUGCGGGCCUCACCGCUGCCUCGGGACGACUUCGACGACGAGGUGUUUGCCAGGGACUUGCACCCCAAUGCCACUUCCAGCCCCACCUUCGAGACGCUGCCCCCACCGCCACCGCCACCCCCGCUCCCCGCUGGGAGCCAGGAGGCCCUGGACCUGGACGGUGGCUUGGAGGACUUUCCCCCGCCGCCGCCCCAGCUGCUCUUGGAGGCACCACCCGAAGGCGAGGACUACCAGGGGCCGCGCAGCAGCUCCAGCACGUUUGCCAAGGUGACAGUUGCCAAGGAAAGGCCCGUGCCUGGCACAGCCCAUGUGGCUGGCGGUCAGACUCUGCCUUCUGGAUCUCGGGCUUCGGUAGAGGACUUGGAAGCCCCCGAGGCCUCCGGCCUGGAUUCUGCGCCCCCGCGGGACAGGCCUGCUGGCCCACAGCCAAGCCCAGGGUCAGCGCCCGCCAUCCAGACCCGAAACCUCAGUCCCCAGCCCGCCACGGGGAUUGAGAACCUAGAUGAGAACGCCAGCCUGGCUCCUCAGAAGAGCUCCGAAGACAUCCGGACGGAGGUCCUGGCCAAGGAGAUUGUCCACCAAGACAGAUCUCUGGCAGACAUCCUCGAUCCAGACUCCAGGAUGAAGACCACCAUGGACCUGAUGGAAGGCCUGUUCCCCCGAGACGUUCAGUUGUUGAAAGAAAACGGAGUGAAGAGGAAGACCGUGCAGGGAACCGCGGGCUGCCCGGGAUAUGAAGGCAAGCGGAGCGAAGAUAAGGAAGCAGGGGGCGUGCGGCUGGACUGCCCCACGUACUACAGCGUGUCGGCGCAGAAGGCCGAGCUGCUCAGCAUGAUCAGAGACAUGCCCGAGGAGGCGGACGACGAUGAGGAUGAGCAGGCCGAUGUCAACGAGAAGAAGGCGGAGCUCAUUGGAAGCCUCACCCACAAGCUGGAGUCCCUGCAGGAGGCCAAGCGCAGCCUGUUGACGGACAUCCAGCUCAACAACGCCCUGGGGGAGGAGGUGGAGGCGCUCAUCAGCCAACGCUGCAAGCCCAACGAGUUCGACAAGUACAAGAUGUUCAUCGGGGACUUGGACAAGGUGGUCAACCUGCUGCUGUCCCUCUCGGGCCGCCUGGCCCGCGUCGAGAACGUCCUCAGCAGCCUCGGGGAUGAUGCCAGUAACGAGGAAAGGAACUCUCUCCGCGAGAAGAGGAGGGUGCUGGCGGGGCAGCACGAGGACGCGCGGGAGCUCAAGGAGAAUCUGGACCGCAGGGAGCGGCUGGUGUGGGCCAUCCUGGCCGGCUACCUGUCGCAGGAGCAGCUCCGGGACUACCAGCACUUCGUGAAGAUGAAGUCCACGCUCCUCAUCGAGCAGCGGAAGCUGGACGACAAGAUCAAACUGGGCCAGGAGCAGGUCAAGUGCCUGCUGGAGAGCCUGCCCUCGGACUUCACGCCCAGGGCGGGCGGCCCCGCGCCCUUAGAGGGGAGCGUUUCUGGCACCCCGCUUUAACCUCUGUGCAGGUCCCGGCCCAAGCACCCCUCAACACUGAGCGACAGAGGCCUCACUGCAGACCACUGCAGCUGCAACUCACGGGCUACUGCGGGGGGGUUCUGGAUAAAAGGAAAAAAAUAUCCCGUGCAGGAGAAAGCCUGUUUUGUUUUCUGGUUUUGUUUUUUUUGGUUUUUUUUUACCUUCUCUUCCCUCACAGUUGAUCUUUCAAGAGCUUGAAUUGCUGCUGGGAAUUUACCCAUUUCUCGCAUUACUUGGUAGUAGGGAGAAAAAUGGAUGAAGCUGUGGGGAACGGGCUGGGGGGGUGUCUGAGCGGUGGAGGUCCCGGACUGGGUGCUUGAGUGCCGCGCCUCAGCCUCCCCAAGGGGCCCAGUGCUCCACCGUGAGGGGGGGCGGGCAGCGCCAAAGCCUGAAAGAAGCCCACGCCGACGAAGAUUAUGUAACCGUGGACAUUGUUAUUUAUAUUUUAAAAAUGGAAAAAAAAGGCUCAUUUCGUUUGUGUGCUAACCCACUUCCUUGAUUCUGUUUUGUGGUGGACAUCGAUGGUUCCGUUUGAACUUCGUAUUUUGUGCAAACCUAAUGAAUGAAGAAUUCCAAAGACAGCCCCACCGAGUGUGGACACUCCUG